CCCUCCUCAACUCCGUCCCUCACGGGGGAGUGGGGGUGAAAGGCUCCCUCUAGUGGCUACUGGGGGGCACUGCGCCCCCAUUUCCCCUUCCUUUUCCCCCGCGCCGUCCCCUCAGGUUGAGGUGGUCAAGAUGGCGGCCGGGGCGCUGCUGCUGCUGCGGCAGGGGAGCGGCGGCCGCCUCCGCCUCAGCGCCUUCCCAGCCCAAGGGGGCCGUUCCCGCCUUUUUUUCCUCAGGUGAGGGGGAAGCUGCCGGGGAGGGAGGGGUGGAAAGUGGCGGGAAGGUCGAGCGACGGGUGGGGGGGGGGGGAGAGGAGAGCCGUUUCUUUUUGGCGCGCCCUCUUUCCUCCCCCCUCGCGGCUCAAGGUCACGGGCUGGUCAGGUGGUUUCUUGCUUCCUCCCCCAACAGCGCUUCAGAGCAAUCAAUUGUGGGAAUGGGGGGGGGGAGAAAUAAGGGGGGUCUCAUCGUCUCUUCUCUUCCCCGCCCAUAUUAUUCAAUAAAUAGCGUCUUUUCCACACACAUAUAUACUGUGUAUAUACACUUACACACGCCCUCCGUCUCCACACAGAGGAGGGGGUGUGUACAUUGGCUCAGGCCGCCUCACUCAAAACCCCCCAACUAUUAAUAAUGGGGAGGUCGCCUCAUGGAUAUCCGCCUCCACAUAUUUUACGGUGUAAAAGUGUUCUUUCUAACCCCCACCUAUUAUUAACCCUUGUCCCCACCCCAUUGUAGGGGGUCACCCCAUUAAUCUCUUGGCUAAUCCUCUACACACUCCCAUCUAAAUUAUGGGGGAUGGACAGACCCCCCCACCCCUUUUCAUUUAUCACAUUGUAUUAUUACUGUUGUUGUAAGCCAUCUUGUAUGAUCGUUGUUAUUUAUUAAAUUUAUUAGCUGCUUUUUUGCCAUGGCAGCAGAAACGGACUUGUAAUAUUUUAAGCAUAUGGGGGAAAAUAAAAAUAAAGACAAUUCUGUUUUUUAAAAAUAGAUUAAAACAUCCCACCCAUGCAAAAAGGCCUCAGGUAAUUAAUUAAAAGCCAAAGGUUUGAUGAGAAAACAAUGUUUUUGCCUGGAGACUAAAUAUAUUGUUAUUGUUGGUUAUUAGUCUUAAGAAGUUAUUUUUGGGACUGAAAUAAUGCCAAUUGAAAUUAUAAUAACGACAACAAUGGUAGCUUUAUUUAUUCAAUGGGGGUUUUUUCGCUUUCCUUUGGGUCCUAAAUAAUAAUGAUAAUGAGCCACCCUGGGUUCUUUCAGGAGGAAGGGUGAGAUAUGAAUGGAUUGAUUUUUAAAUUUUUUUUAAAGACCCCAACCAAAUUUACUUAUGUGGCCUGGGAACUUGCUUCAAGGGGUGGUGGUAAAAAUCACUAUAAUAGAUAAAAUAAACAAAUGCAAUUAAAGAUUCUAGAAAAUGCCUUCUGUGUUCUGGAUAAAUGUUAACAGGAACAUUCCCUAUGUUUGUAAACCAUGUUGAGGUUGUUAUUUUUAACAAGUUGUAUAUAUAUAAAUGUCAUUAAAUAAAUAAAUAAUUAUGCUGAUAAUGAUCCCUGCUGUUUAUUCUAGUGUCCCAUUUAUCAGGAGGGAAGAACUGUAUAUUCCUGUGUCAGCUGCCUUCCUAUCUUAAUUCAAAAGAAAUAGUUUUUAAUUGGAGGUGGAGAGAUAUCUGCCACUUCAUGAGUUCUUGCAAUUGAGUCAGAUAGUUUAAAUACUCAUGUGGUAAAUUGUUAUAAUGAUUGCUUACUGAUUUUGUUGCUGUUCCAACUGAUCUGUAAAGCUAUAUCAUGACAUGGUCAAGACAGCAAACUAAACUAAAUUGAAAAAUGCUUUAGGUUUCUAGAAGCGAAUGUUGUUUAGGGUUGAAAAAUCAAUUAUUCUCCAAAAUCAACUUUUUCAGUUGCCUAGGAUUUUCCCACCACUUGGGAAGAGUUCUGCUAGUGUGUGAAUAAGGAUGUGGUUUUGCUUAACACUUUUACUUUCAGCAAACUCUGUAACCAUCACAUAAUCCUCCCUGACUUUCAUAGAAGAUAAGGAUACAUGCACUCCAGGACACAAAUGGUGGGAAAUUAGAUACACUGUCUUCCUCAAGAUAACAAGUAGUGUAGUUUGGAGGUUUGUGGGUUUGAUUUCAGUUUCAUCUUUGAUUUCCAGUUGUGUCACACAGUACAAUUUUGUUACUGCAAAUAUUUGGGUAUUAUAAGCAUGCUUGAAAGCUUUAACUAAUCCUCCUCAACCCAGUAAAUCAGUAGACAAGCAAAAACUCCUGAACAACAGCUGUUGCUGCUCUCUGGUUUCUGCCCCAGACUUAAUUAAAAUGAAGCUUUUGAGAUUACUUUUACUUCCAGUUUAUACUGGUAUAUCAUAGCUCCACACAAUGGAAAAACUCUAAUUUCAUUUUCCAGAGAAGUACCGUAACUAUGCUAGCCUGUUACACAAAAUAGAUCUGUAGUACCUUAAAGUCUGACAAACUUUUAUUAUGGUAUAAGCUUUCAUGAACUAGAGCUCACUUACAUAUAUCAGCCUGGAUAGUUCAGUUGGUUAGAGCAUGGUGCUGCUAAUGCCAAGGUUGCAGGUUUGAUUCGCAUAUGUUCCUACAUUGCAGGGGGGUUGGACUAGAUAACUCUUUCAACUUUAGAAUUUUAUGAUUCUGACAUGUAUGGGGUGUGGUGGCAGAAGAACUGGACAAUGGUGCUCAAUAUAUGGGUAGAAGCAGUCCUUGUACUCAAAUAGGUACCGCUGUGGCGGGAAGGUAAACGGCAUUUCCAUGUGCUCUGGUUUCCGUCAUGGUGUUCCAUUGCACCAGAAGCGGUUUAGUCAUGCUGGCCACAUGUCUGUGGACAAACAGUGGCUCCCUUGGCCUGAAAGUGAGAUGAGUGCCGCAAUCCCAUAGUUGCCUUUGACUGGACUUAACCAUCCAGGGGUCCUUUACCUUUACCUUUUAGUACUCAAAUAAUUGGUUGAAUGAUUCGAUUAAAAAUAUUUUGAUUGACUAAAAAGAUGCCACCAAAUUAACUGGUUGGCAAAUUUAAAAUUAGCUAAUAAUACAAGUUCUUGUAUAAGCAAAUGGCCUUGGCAAGAUGAGGCCUCCCUGGUUGUCUAUGAGAGAAGCAGGGAGGCAAGCAACAACUAUUAAAAAAUACUGUCUUUGUUUUCUUUAUGACUACUUUAUCAUAUAUACAUUUUUAAUAUUUUGGCUGAAGUCCAAUGCAUAUUAACUUUGGGGUAAGUCCUGCUGAACAUAAUGGGACUUCAUUCUGAUUAAACUUUCAUAAGAUUGGUCUGUUGAUCUACUGAUGAGUCAGCUCAAACUCCUAUGAUUAGUAAACUAAGAUUAAUGUAGUCAGGUUGAAUUAAAGGUAGGUGCAUCUUGUGUAUUCUAGAGAUAAUGUGAAAAACACCUUCCAGUAGCUGGGAGGCUAAUCAGGAAUCUGCUCUUUGCUGCACUACUUCUCAGUCCUGAUAAAAAUGAAACAGGAAUGAAGCUUACACAAGUUCUAGAACAAUGUUUGUCUUGCACACUUGCAGGGGCCUUGUGUCGUCAAACAGCCGAUCCGCAGAAGACAGCUGGUUAAAAUCGCUUUUUGUCCGCAAAGUUGAUCCCAGGAAAGAUGCUCACUCCAACCUCUUAGCCAAACGGGAGACCAGCAGUCUUUAUAAAAUACAGUGUGAGCUGCUGUUUUUUAUAUUUCUCCCUUGUCUGCCUUUCUUUUUUUCUUUCUCUCAGCAUUUAAUGAUGACUUUUCCUGUUUCAGUUCACAAUGUCAAACCAGAAUGCCUAGAAUCCUACAACAAGCUUUGGUAAGUCUGAAUGCUAUGCUGGAACAUUUGGUGGGUUAAAAUCUGGAGCCUUGUUAGUUACUAAACUCAUACAAACUUAGUAUACAGUCACUGGAUUCAGUGAGAAUUACUUCUGAGUAAACUUGCAUAGGAUUAGGAAGGGGCAGAGGAAUCCUAACUGGGCUGGGGAGGUGGUGAAUCUGGCACCAUAUCCCUUGCCCUGCUGCUAUGCCCGUCUUGUUAUGGUGGCUUUCAUCUUGAUGGCAGUACUUAAAAGCUCUCUUUAAGCUCAUUGAUGGCAACUACCCAGCAGCACACAGGUCAUUGCCACCCUGGCAGUUUUUUUGGUGCUGUGGUUAGGAGAGGAGAGAACACAGCGAUGGUGUGUGGGGUCUUCCAAGUCUCAGUAGAGACACUGGCAGUCCCUCACUUCCUUUAUAUACCAUACCUUAUGCAAAUGAGAGAAAAGUCUGCCUCUUCACCAGGUAUAUGCUAGACUAUUCAAGGGAGACUGAAGAGUUAGCAUAAGGUUACCAGAUUUUUCUCAAUGAAUCCGGGGACACUUUUCAACUUCCUAUUAAAUAGAUGGAUUUUGUCAGGGGACUGAUUUGUAAAUCCGGGGACUGUCCCCAGGAAACGGGGACAUCUGAUAACCUUAAGUUAGCAUCCACAACAGAAAAGGGCUGGCUGGUGAGCCAACCAACAUUUGUGCAUCUCUUGGGUUUGUUGUUAAUUUCUGUACCACAAAUUUAUGCAAUAUAAAUUUAAGAAGGAUAUUGACCAGCUGGAACGGGUGCAGAGGAGGGUGACUGAUAUGAUAAAGUGUCUGGAAACCAAGCAUUAUGAGAAGCGUUGUGUAUGUUUAGUCUGGAGGUUAGAAGGCUGAGAGGUGAAAUGAUGGUCAUCCUCAAAUAUCUGAAGGGCUGUCACAUGGAAGAUGGAGCAAGGUUGUUUUCUGCUGCUGCAGAGGGUAGGGUCUGUACCGAUGGAUUCGAAUGACAAGAAAAUGACUAAACAUUAGGAAGAACUUCCUGGCAGUAAGAGCUGUUCGCAGUGUUAGAAACUCAGAUAUUUAAACUAGGCACAAAAUGGCUCAUUAAAUCAGGAUUACAGUAUCAAAACAGAAUGCCUAGUUGCCAUUUUUGGGCCAGACAGCUCUGAUUGUGCAGAUAAAAUACAAUGGAUAGAAUUCUACAGGAUGUGUUGCUAGUGUGUGAAAACAGUCAAGACUGAAAGAUCCAUAGGCAUGCAUUUCCAGAUGGUCCUUGGUUGCAAAUGGCCGAUAGCCAGGUGCAAAAUGCCCUCAUGCCUGGCAGAUUUCGAACACUGGCUGUUUGACAAUGGAACAGACUACCUUGGAAGGUGGUGGACUCUCCUUCAUUGGAGGUAUUUAAACAGGGUGGAUGGCAAUCUGUCAGGGAUUCUUUAGCUGUUAUUGCUGUGUUUCAAGGGGUUGAACUAGAUGACACUUGGGUAACUCAUAACAUAGGAAACACAUGGGAAUGUUAUUUAUUUGAUAAAAACAUUUUUAUCAGCUAAAAAUUGUUCCCAGAGCAGCUUAUGAAUGUCAGUGAUAAGACUGUCCUUGCCCUAAGGCUUAAAUCUGAAAGACAUGACACAAAAAGAAAAGGAAUUGGGAGGAGGAAAAAGCAAAUUCAGACUGGAAUGGAUAGAUUUCAAGUAGAUGGAAAAGUUGUUGGUGUUCCAUUGGAGCCGAUCAAGAGGCCCUGCAAUCCCAUCUGCCUUCUCUCCUUUAGCUUGAUGGAAUGGCUACUGUACUUAUGUUCCUUUUUGCUUCUGCUUUUUUUAAAGUCAAGAGGUGCUGCCAAAGAUCCAUGAAGGGAAGGAAUAUCCAUGUACACUGGUGGGGACGUGGAACACGUGGUACGGAGAGCAAGAUCAGGCUGGUAGGAGAUAAGACGUACAACAGAAUGCACAACUGCGCUAAUGAUGUGUGCUUGUGAUAGGGGCCCUCUUCCAGCCAGGAUGGGAACCUGCAGGAUGUGGGGCAAGGUCUGGGGACAGUGGACAACCAACACCAGCAGAGAACCUCUAACAAGCCCAGGAAGAUUCCCAGAGAAAAUGGACAUUUUCUCCAUCAAAACUCAGCCUCAACAGAAUCCUUAUGUCCCCAAUGUAACCUUGCCUGAAUGUCCUUCAGGCAAGGUUGCAGGGAAUGUAAAGGUGCUGCUCUGGCACAGGCCCAGGCACUGCAGAACCAUCAAAUGGUAUAUUCAGCUCCUGUGAAUAUACACCCUUGCAUAGCUGGCAGGCUGGUUCAGACACAUUCAGAGUUGCUACUCCCAUGUUUGGACAUGCCACUCCCAAGUCUAGACACUCCCCGUCUCAGACGGGUCUUCUUGCAGUUCUUUCAGGGGACUGGCCAAUUUCAUGGUCCACACGACCUUCUUGGCAGAUGAUGCUGGCUCAAAUUCUGUAUCAGAAAGGCCUGAGUGACUGGGUGACAGUUUGCAGCCUUCCUCUGACUGGUAAAAUCUUUGGAAGUGGGCUCGUGGUAGAGCUAUGGUUCUUUCUUUUCUUUUUUCUUUUUACAAACUUUAUUUACUACUUACUCAACAGAAAGCCUCUAGGUGGUUUACAGCCACUCUUUGCUGCCCGCCCCCACCCAAACACACACAUUCAUUUCAGUGGGGCUUGUGUAGGAUAUCUUCCCCAGGGCAUUGUCCCAUUUAUCUUUUUUGUGUGGCCUCUGACUUCUGCUGGUGGAGAAAGAAAAUUAUACAGUGGUACCUCGGCUUAAAAACUUAAUUCGUUCUGGAGGUCCGUUCUUAACCUGAAACUGUUCUUAACCUGAAGCACCAUUUUAGCUAAUGGGGCUUGCUGCGCCACCGCCACACGAUUUCUGUUCUCAUCCUGAAGCAAAGUUCUUAACCCGAGGUACUGUUUCUGGAGCCUGUAGCAGAGCCAGUAACCUGAAGCAUAUGUAACCUGAAUCGUCUGUAACCCGAGGUACCACUGUAUAGGCUUAAGGAAGGACAGUGACCAGUGAAUAAAUCCUGGAGAGCCGCAACCAGUCAGUAUAAACAGUACUGAGCUAGAUGGAUGAAUAAUCUGAUUCAGUAUAAGGCAUGUUCCUAGGCACUGAGAGAAAGUGAGAGGGCUAACCGCUCUCAUGGUGUGCUGGGAAAAGGGUGCUGGUGGCCACCAGGAUUGGAAAGAAAGAGCUAGGUGAAAUGACACUGGGAUACAAGAUUUGGCCAGGAAGAAGCUGACGUUUGAGGAGUCUGUUUUGAAUUUCCAGGAGGGAAGGGAGACUCUUAAAUAUGCCACUUUUCAUUUCAGUUCAUCUGUGGCGGUAUGAGGGAGGCUAUCCAGCUCUUACAGAGGUCAUGAGUAAGCUUCGACAUGAUAAGGUAAGUGCUAGCAUAAAAGAUUGGACUUCAUCAGCCUGACCCUUAAAAGUCACUUUGCCUCUCAAAUUUAACAGUUUAUUGCAAAAAAAACCCCUCCAUUGUCAAGGACUCCCAGAGUUUGUGUAUCAAACCAGGAUACACUCUUUAAGUUUUGUAUCCUCCUAGUAUUAAGCUCUUAAUAUCCGGACAGAUGAAGCAUAAAUUAGAUAAUUUAAAAAAUAAAUGCAUGUGAUCUUGCCUUGUCAUUGUAAGGAUUUUUCAUUUUAUUUUUAGGGGUUUGUGGAGUUUCGCAAAGAGAGGGGAAACAUGCUUCUCUCCCGCAAGAAUCAGCUGCUGUUGGAGUUCAGUUUUUGGAAUGAGCCUGUUCCGAGGACAGGGCCCAAUAUCUAUGAACUGAGGUCUUAUCAACUCCGUGUGAGCCUUUUUAUGUAUUCAUAGAAUAGUCAUUCCCUCCCUCCCCCCCUCUCUCUGUGUGUGUCCUUGGGUUCAUGAGACCUUUAAGAGCAAGACUGCAUUCACUUUUUGUCAGGCUAGCCUUUAAAUUUGUUAUGAGAAUCCAUCUGGUAGACAAGUUGGCAGGUUGAUUCCUGCCAGAAAUGGAUAACAGAGAGCACAUUGCAACUCUUUUUCAUUGAUUUUCCUUUUUUCUCUUAGAAGUUCUGCCUUUUGAACAGAAAAGGUUGCAUUUGCUAACAGUGCAAUCCUAUAUGUUUUUACUGAGAAGCAAGCUUAUUGUGUAUUUAUCAUAUAUAUUCAGUGUAUAUAUCAUAUUUCUGACAGAAAUGCUCCCUAUCAAUGUCAACAGGCACUGGAAAUGAAAAUUGGGACAUUGAAAAAAGUAUUUGAGGGAAUUCUGGUCUUAAAGUGAUUACGUAAUUGCCCCAAGUCUUUUGGGCUGAGUCGUCUUUUUUGUUACUGAUUAGAAUCCAAAAACCUUUCUGGAGGCAGGAGAGAAAGCCCACAUCUACUUCCCAAUUGCAACGGGGGAGGGAAUGGAGGGUAUCAUUCUCUUAGAGUCACCUGCUCUGUAUUUCUUUUAUCCCCCCAGCCUGGAACAAUGAUUGAAUGGGGCAACUACUGGUAAGUGUCCCUUGCUAUGCUGGGCUCCCCUCAAUUCCAAAUACCAUUUUGAGAGAUGGGCAGAGCUGCCCAUUUGUCAAUCACUUGGACUUGCCAUAUGUGUUGAUUACAGAUGAAAGUGUGCUCUGGAUUCUUUUCUUUCUUCCUUUGCAGUAGCAGUUUGAAUUCAAGCCACAUCUGCAAAGCAAGAUAUUUCCUUUGCAGCCCAGCUUGAAUUCAAGGUGUUACCUGCAGAAGAGGAAAUUGUGGCAGAGCAGAGGACAGGGUGGAGUGGGCGGAAGAGGUGAGGCAGCAGGCCAGAUAAAAAGGUACACUAGCUAGGCACAGCUCAUGGUCCAGAGGCUCACCAUCUGAUCUGCAGGAUAUUGCAUUUGUUACAUGAUAUCCACCCAGCACUAUGUGUACAAAUGUGCAUCAAAACAAUAGUUGCCCCUUUUUGUCUGUUGUGCGGUUAGCCUGCCUUCCUAGCAAUAAAAACAUACUUGCCAGUUAUUCCAGUGCACUUUCAGUCAUCAGACUUGCCUCUUCCUUUUUAUUAUUAUUUUUUAAAGCAGCACAUGUGCCUUCAUACAGUUUAACAAUAAUUGGUUGGUUUUUUAAGUUUUUCAAAUCACUGGGGAUGAGGGGUGAGGUGGGUUCAUGAUGUCACAGCAGCCAUCCAGUUGACACGGUGCGCAGCUGACUUCUUCUGAAAACCUGCAAAGCUCAUUUUUCCUGGAGCUCGACCCUGGAGAGGAACAGGCAGUAGGGACUGUUGUUGUAAUACCAUAUCCAGACAAAGGACUUUUUCAUAGUAGAUGGGCAAGUUGAUGCACUGGAACUCCAGUUUAGGGUCAUGUCCUCCUGUUCAGCGAUCUUGCCUGUUGUUUGAUUAACUGUGUUUGCUGACACAUACGGACAGUGAACACCCAGGAGGCAGAGAACACCCUAUGCAUGGGAAAAUAAAAUUUCAGAGUUGCACUCUGGAGAAACAAAACAGGACUCCACAUUUUGCGGAAUAAAUGGUGGGGUGGGCAGAGGAUAUGCCUCCCAAUGAACAUGACUGAUAAUAUAAUCUCUGCUAAGUUCCUUUCAGACAGUGGUGGCCAUUAGUCAAGUUUUAUUUACCAUCUAAUGGAGAAUUCACUAGAAAUUUUGACUGAUGAUAAUUAAUUGAGUCUGCAUCUGCUAAGAGAGAGCAAGUUGCAGCAAAGCCUGCUGGAAACAUAAAGCAUAACAAUGUCUGACUCCCUAUCUCUGGAAACAGAAAAAGUGGUCAUUGUCCACAUCUGUCGCUAUCCUUAGGUGAAAUGCAGAGGACCGUUGAUAGGUGGAAAACGGUAAUAAUGAUAAACUAAUCAGUCUUUUAUGUUGGCAAAGGUGGAAAGUAGUGCCUGAUACUUCCACAGCACCUAAAGGGUCUCAUUUAAAUGCCUGCUACUUUGUCUCAAAUUUUGUCUUUAAGAUUAUCACCAGAUGCAGACACAUGGCAUUACCAUCAUAAUUUCUUUCUGUUACUUUGUUUACCAUCUAGCCUGAUAAAGAGUUUUAGGGAAACUCAAAAGCUUGUAAUAUUUUUUUGUGAUAUUAUUAUUGGCCUAAACUUUGAAUGUCCUUUUCACAUUUUCCCUGUGGGCCAACGUGGGCUAUCUUUACCCUUGGUGUGAAGUUAUAUCAGAUGCUGUAAUAUUAAGAAUUCAUGCAGGCUUCUAGCCCUCUGAAAUAUUUCUCUAGCUCUGAAUACCAAUGUUGUGCAGUGAUGGAAUUAGUAGAUCCUUGCUGCAUUCUUUCUAGUACUGUUCCAUCUGAUAGUUACCUUUGUAAUUGUCUCAGCCCCAGCACUCAUGUCUUGUUUGUAAUACAUAUAUAUAUUCUACCUUCCAGGGCUCGUGCCAUUGGUUUCCGGCAGGAUGACAAAGAAGCUGUUGGUGGCUUUUUCUCACAGAUUGGGCAGCUUUACAUGGUUCAUCACCUUUGGGGUAGGUCGUCCUGGACCUGAGAAAUCUGGGGAAGGACUGUAGCUCUGUGGCAGAGCACCUGUUUUGUAUGCAAAAGGUCUCAGGUUCAGUCCCUGGCAUCUCCAGGUAGGGAACAUGAAAUCCCCCUGCCUAAAACCCUGGACAAUAUUAUAUCCCAGUGUUGAAAAUAUUAAGCAUAGGUGGACCACUGAUCCAACUUGGAUUGAGAUAGUUUCUUAUCUCCCUUUUAAUCUGCUCUCCAUUCCAACAGUAAAGGACAAGCAAUUUUGUGAAACUUAUAUGACCCUUGCCUCCUCAUAGCAGUACAGUUUCCAAGGCUCCUUAGAGCAGGGUGGAUAGAGCCAUGGCGGUAAAUAACAGUUUAGGGUUUUAAUGAGGUUUGCCUUCUGGUGCUUUGUUUAUGGUAUGUUGCUGUAUUUGAGAGAAAGGUGCUGAUGGACGUCAAGACACUGAUACUUCCAAAUUAUUUCCCCCCCCCCAACACUUCCAGCAUACAAAGAUCUCCAGACAAGAGAAGAUAUCAGGAACGCCGCAUGGCACAAGCCUGGUUGGGAUGAGCUGGUAUACUAUACAGGUAACACGGGGGUGGUGAUCCUCAGGCUUAAGGACCAAACACAGUCCUCAGAACUCUCCCCAGGCCACACUCCUUCCUAGUCACACACCUCACCAGUCCUACUACCUUCGAGUGUUUUUGCCUGGCUGGAAUGUGGUCUUGACACUUGAUUGCCUGAAUAGAGGAUGAAGAGGGGCACGUAUAUGUAGAAAAUUGCCUUCUUCUUCUUUGGCGAUCACUUGUAGCCGAGUAAGAUUGUCUUCCAUAAAAACGGUUUUAAAAAUGAGUCCGUAAGUGACUGUGGAGGCCAAUUCUGGAUCCACAUGUCCUUCCACAGUGGGGACAUUGGUUUCUGAGCAGGAGUUGAUCAUGGUGUGGAUUUGCCAAGCGUGCCUUCCUCUUGGCACAUUUCUCCCUUGCGUCCUGAGAUCGAAUGUCUUCAAAGCCCAUGACACCUUUGGCAAAGGCUGUUCUCCAACUGUAUAUGUAUAUGUAGAAAGUUGCCUUCUAUACAAAGAUUAAACUUAUAUUCGUUGCUGUGCCCACUUUUGGCUUUGGGCCCACCCACCAUAAGCAUAUAGCCCCCAGAAAAUUGCCAAGUUGGAAAUGGAACCCUUUGCUUGAAAAAGUAUCAACACCUUGCUGUAACAGUUUAGUACCUGUGUGGCAGUGGCAGUUACCCAAAAACCUGCUAAUGUGAGAGACUUGUCUUUCCUCUCCUAGGUUAAGAUGGCCCCAUUGAGCUUCCCUUUCUCUGGGGUCCCCCAAAUCCUAGAACCGGUCCUGCUUCCUAGUCCAGUGCUUUGAUGGCUACAAAAUCCUCCCAUGUUUCUUUUGUAAUAUCUUGCAUUAGCAUUUUUUUUUAAAAAAAGUGCUAACACAAUUUCUUUCUCCUUUCCAGUGCCCCUUAUUCAGGAAAUGGAAUCCAGAAUUAUGAUACCAUUGCCGAUUUCUCCCCUUCAGUAAAGCCACUGAUUGAUCGGUGCAGAUUUACAUUGACAAGCAUUUGUCUUUUAGUUAAUUUGAUAUGUGUGUAUGACAAUGGAAACUCUGACUUCUAAAAGUACUGUAUGCUGGGGCUUUAUGAAUGUGACCUCAUUUCUUCAGAUCCUGCAGGAGCACUUGGGAUUGUAUUGGGGAGAGGCUUGGGAGUCAUCAUAAGUCUUACUGUUCAACCAUCUAGUCUGGCUCUCUGUGAAACAGCCUUUUUCAAACACAGCCAUGCAUUCAGAGAGCUGGCAGGCCCUGUUGGAAACGCACAAGCUUCAGUGGUAGUUGCACGAGCUUUAAACCCUUGAACGAUGCAGUAUUUAAUUAUGGGGAGAUUUGUCACAUGCACUCCUAUCCAUUCUUUCAUAAUCAUUAUGGCAUGUCAAGCUCACAAGGCCUUCCUCUGGUGCCACAAACAGUUGCUAGAGAAAGCAGCCCUUUGUUUUGGCCUAGCCAAACUUAUCUUAGCAAUCAGCUAAGCCAGUAUUUGCAAACUUGCAGCUGUUUUGGACUACAGAUCCCAUCAGCCCCAGUAAACACAUGCUGGCUGAGGCUGAUGGCAGUUGUAGUCCAGAACAGCUGAGAGGGCAUCUGGUUGGUGAAGGGUUAUAAAUGGCAUUGGGAUGAGCUCUAAAGAAGAGUUAGUGUCAUGAACAUUUGUUAAGCACUCCAGGAUUAUGCAGUGAAACAGAAUGUGAGGAUUUUAUUAUUGUUAUUUAAUAAGCAUUCAUGAUUUCCUCCAUUUGUGUGGUUUAACUAACAUAACUGCAGAAAGUAAUUCUGAAAAGAUGCAUCAAGAUGAGGCACAUUAAAUCACUUAGGACUGGCACAAAUCACUUCAUUUCCCAUGCCCAAUUCUCAGUUUUUGAUUAAACUUUAAAAUAGAGGGAUUUGUAUGUGUGUGUGUGUGUCUGUAACAUUGUGAACAUCCUGUAUGUUGAAGCAAUUAUUCUGUUAGUUAACAAAUCAGUGCAAUACACUGUAUGUCCUAUUACCUAAGAAACAUCCACUUUAUACAUUUCAGUGAGUUUUCUGGCAGAAUGUGUCAAUAAAAUCCUAUUGAUUUUCGCAUGUUUUGGGGAGUUUUUGGACUUGUUUCAAUAAUGAUGAAUUCUGAGUUUCUGCUGAGAUGGCCUGCAUGGCCACAAAGUCUACUGGGAUUUUAAGGCUGCAGUCCUGUUUACCUUUACCUGGAAGAAAGUCCCAUUUAAGCAGAUGAGCGUGCAGCAAUUAUGAAAAAGGUGAAUUCUGUUGCUAGGAAUUCAUUAGCCAAGAAAUAAAAAAAUAAGACUGCCAGUAUCAUGAUGUCAUACAAAUCUGUGAUGAGACCACAGUUUAAAUACUGUGUACAGUUCUGGUUACCUCACCUCAAAAAUAAUACUUUAAGAGAGAACUUGAAAAAUCCAUGGGGGAUAAGGCUACCAAUGGUUACUAGCCAUUAUGGCUGUGUUCUAUCUCCAAUGUAUCACUAAUAGGAAGAGUGCUGCCAUUUCACUCAGAUUGUGUUUGCAGGCUUCCCUUUCCCUGCCUAUUAAGAUCAAGCAGGUAUGAAUCUGAAUUUUUCUUGAUUUCCUUGUUUUAUCUUUAUAAACCACUUUUAGGGUUGUUGUUUUUACAAUUAUGUGGUGUAUGAAUUUUAUGAAAAAAAUAAAUAAGCCUUCUCAUUGGCCACUGAG